AUGCUGAACUCCAAAGAAGAGCUCCUCACGUCCGAGAAGUUAUAUGGCCCGGUUUCCCUGAACUUGGACGUGGAGGCGGCCGACGACAACCCCAUGAUCCUCGCGGAGGUCCCCGCAUCCUCCAUCCGCAAAGACGACGUGUGGUUCCGAAGUGGAUGGACGGUGAAGGACCCGAAGGUACACAUCGCUGUAGCCCUUCGCAGCCUUCAAGAGAAGGAUCCCUCCGAGGUGACGGCCUUCGACUCGAUACGCCUCGGGAUCUACUCCGCGCUGUUGUCCGAGGCCAUGGAGCCGAAACUCUUUGACCUCACCGCAGCAGGCUCCAGUUACUCCUUGUCUGUGGGAAGCGGCGGCAUCACCGUCAGCUUUGUUGGCUAUUACGAAGCCUUCCCCAACCUGAUUGACCAAGUCUUUCGUGCUUUCAACAGCUUCAAUGAGAACCUCAACACCACUCAGCAGAACCGGUUUGAGCGGAUCGUCAAGACGACCAAAGAGGCUCUGCAGACGUACGGCGACAUGCCCUCCACCUACGUAGUGACAGCGCAGAUGCAAGCGAAGCCCAGGAACGCCUGA